AUGGAUACUACAAGUUUCAAUCAUGCAAUCUUUAAACGUAAAGUGGGAUUACUUAUUGGAAAUCAAAAUUAUCGUGCACACGAAGAUCAACUUUUCCAUACGAUCAAUGAUGUCAAUGAUAUUAGUCAUACUUUACGAACUAUGAAUUUUCAUGUGAGAAAACAUUAUGAUUUAUGUAAUUCAGAAAUGAAGAAUGUUUUUUCUGAGUUUUCAAAAACAAUACGCAAUGGCGAUUUGAUUAUAUUCUAUUUUUCUGGUCAUGGUUGUGAAAUGAAUGGAAAGAAUUAUUUAUUACCGAUUGAUGAUGAAUUGAUUGCAAAGGAACAAGGCAUUGAAGAUUCUGUCAUUCAUACUGAGCAGAUUCUUUGUGAAUGGUCACAACAAUUUCCAUCGUCUAUUAUCAUAUUUAUAUUAGAUUGUUGUCGAUUACCAUAUUCCCACCGACAUAGACAAAGACGAAAUAACGUUAAAUACGAAAAUAAUGCUUCAGAAGAUACAAAAGUACCAAGAGGUACAUAUGUUGUAUUCGCUUGUAGUCAAUAUCAAAUUGCUUCUGAUGGUUUACUGACUGAAAGAAAUGGAUUGUAUGCGAAACAUUUGUUACAACAUCUGACAAAACCAAAUAAAGAUUUACGACAAUUAUUUCGAAGUGUAAACAAUGGUGUUUGUAUUGAAAGUAAACAAAGGCAAAAACCAACACGUCAUGAUGGUCUAAUCGAUUUUGAACCAAUUUAUUUAAUUGAUAGGCCAUCGAAUUCAAAUGAUGGCAAAAAGAAAACGAAGGUCGAAGAAAGAUUACUUGUAAAAUAA